ACAUUAUUUAUGGUCACACUGGAAAAAAUGAAAAUGAGCAAGGUUUGCUCCUUUAUUUGCACAUUUACUGUACUUUUCGAUUAACUAUUCAUUGUGCACACUAGCAGCCCAGCUUUUUGAACAACACAGCGUGCAGAAGCUCCUGAUGAAGGUGUGCAGGUAAUAUUUGAGAGCCUUGUAAGACAACAUGUCUGAAGAGGCAAUUUCAGAAAGUGACCUGGAGGCCAGCCCUGAGAGUGAAGUGGAGUUCAUGGAAAAUGAGGAAGAGGAGGACAAUGAGGAGAAUGAAGACAUGGAUGUUGAUGAGGAUGAAAACGAUGGAGAUGACGAAGACGAUGACCAACCUGCAAGUGCCCAGAGUCGAACAGACGGCACUCAGGAUGGCGGGGACUCCUCUUCAGUUUCCUCGGAAGACCCUUCCUCAAGACCUCCAUCCCAGCCUGCAUCCCGUCCGUCCUCCAGGACCUCUUCCAGACCUGAAUCUGGUUCUCAGGCUGCAGCCAGCCCUGAGAACUCCAGCCAGAGAAAACCACCUUCUAGUAAAACCAAGAAACAAAAAUCCUCUAAAUUACCCAAAUCAUCAAAGUCUUCAAAAGGCUCCAAACCUUCCAAACCAUCAAAGCCUGCACACAUGAGGAAAAACAUCAGAAAGUUGCUAAAGGAGGAUCAGCUGGAGGCUGGGACUAAAGCAGCUCAGCAGGAAGAGAUGGAGAGGCGGAAACGGCUGGAGCAGCAGAGGAAAGAAUUCCCUAUGCCUGCCUCAGUUCUCCCAGAUUCUCAACUAGUGGAAACUGCAGCUUUAUUAGCAGAAGUGUCUCAUUUAGUUCCCGCAGUCCCGUCAGAUGUGAUCUGUCUGGACAGCAGCGGGGAGGAAGAUGAAAAAUUAGAGUCGAAUUUGCCGGCGCUUGCCAUUAGAAAUGAUGUAAUAGAGCUCAGCUCGGGGGAUGAAGACGCCCUACAGAUAAGCAGCGAGUCGGCCGACGAGGAUGCCGAGGGUGCCACUGGUUCAGAGGAGAGCAGCGGUGCGCACAUCAACGAUGCGCUGAAUCUGCCGGACGCCCAGGGUCAAGUGCUGGUGAACAUCAACCAUCCUCCGGAGGAGAAAGACAUUUAUCUCGCCCCACAGCUGGCCAGAGCUGUCAAACCUCAUCAAGUGGGGGGAAUCCGCUUUCUUUAUGAUAACCUCAUUGAGUCUCUGGAGCGGUACAAGACCAGCAGUGGCUUUGGCUGCAUCCUCGCCCACAGCAUGGGCUUGGGCAAAACGCUACAAGUCAUUUCUUUUAUCGACAUCCUUCUUAAGAAUACGGAGGCCCGCACUGUGCUGGCUAUUGUCCCUGUGAACACGCUUCAGAACUGGUUAUCAGAAUUUAACCUCUGGUUGCCGCCUCAGGAUUCCCUGCCUCCUGACACCGACCCGACGCUUGUCACUGGUCGCACAUUCAAAGUUCAUAUUCUCAACGAUGAGCACAAAACAACGGUGGCUAGGGCCAAGGUUGUGGAGGAGUGGUCCAGAGAUGGCGGUGUGCUGUUGAUGGGUUAUGAGAUGUACCGCCUGCUGUCCAUGAAGAAGAGCUUUGUGAUGGGGAAGAAGAGGAAAACAAAGAAGCCUGUCGGACCGGUCAUCAUUGACCUGGAUGAAGAGGAUCGACAGCAAGAACUCAUGAAAGGCAUUGAAAAGGCCAUCGUACGGCCGGGGCCCGACGUGGUGAUUUGUGAUGAGGGCCAUCGCAUCAAGAACUACCAUGCCAGUACAUCRCAGGCCUUAAAGAGCAUUCGUUCCCGGCGCCGGGUGGUUCUCACAGGUUACCCGCUUCAAAACAACCUCAUCGAAUACUGGUGCAUGGUGGACUUUGUCCGACCGGACUUUUUAGGCACGCGGCAGGAGUUCAGCAACAUGUUCGAGCGUCCCAUCCUGAACGGCCAGUGUAUGGACAGCACGCCUCAAGAUGUCCGCCUGAUGCGCUACCGCAGCCACGUGCUGUACAGCCUGUUGGAGGGUUUUGUUCAGAGACGAGGUCACGACGUGCUCAGGCACCAUCUUCCAAGUAAGGAGGAGUUUGUGAUCUUGGUACGCCUCUCGCCCGUCCAGAAGGCACUGUAUACCGAGUUCAUGAAGCGCUUUCGAGAGGCGGGAAACAGUGGUUGGCUCGGUCUCAACCCACUCAAAGCCUUCUGUGUUUGCUGCAAAAUCUGGAAUCACCCGGACGUCCUUUAUGAAGCACUGCAAAAGGAAAACCAGGCCAAUGAACAGGACCUGGACUUGGAUGACAUCACCUCAGCCAGUAACCCUCGCUGCCCUGCUCCCAGCACUGGUCUGAAGGCCAAAGUACCGGACCCAAGCAACAGCAAAGUCAACAACAGCCUGCCGCUAGUCAACAUAUCUCAAGACCGAGCCAAUCAGGUCAUCACAUAUGAAUGGGCGAAGGACAUAAUGUCAAACUACCAAAUUGGAGUUCUGGAGAACUCUGCAAAAAUGGUUCUGCUCUUUCACUUGAUUGAUGAAAGUGUCAAGAGAAGAGACAAGGUUUUGGUCUUCAG